AUGACAUUCCUUCACUUCAACCCACGGUUUGAAGAGGUGGUGUGUGUGGUCUGCAACACGAAGCAGAAAGGACGCUGGGGGCCAGAGGAGAGGAAGACGCCACUGUCCUUACAGAGGGGGAGUCCCUUUGAGUUCAGCGUCCUGGUGCAGAGCUCCCAUUUCCAGCUGGUUAAAGCCUGGGUUUCUUUCUUCCAGAAGCAAACAAUCAUCCACAAGUUGCUGAGCACUCCUCCACAGAUGGACGCGAAUCCCGCAGUCCCACCUCCAGCAUAUCCCAACCCAGCCUAUCCACUGCCUUUCUUCACCAACAUCCCGGGUGGGAUGUACCCCUCCAAGAACAUCACCGUGUCGGGCACCGUCCUGCCCAGUGCUCAGAGGUUCUACAUCAACCUGCACUCUGGGAAUGACAUCGCCUUCCACCUGAACAUUCGUUUCGAUGAGAACGCCGUGGUCCGCAACACGCAGAUCAACGGCUCUUGGGGGGCUGAGGAGCGAAGCCUGUCAGGAAAAAUGCCCUUCACCCAGGGCCAGAGCUUCUCGGUGUGGAUCACGUGCGAAAGCCACUGCCUCAGGGUGACCGUGGAUGGUGGGCACCUGUGUCAUUACUACCACCGCCUGAGGGACCUGCCCGCCAUCAACAACCUGGAGGUGGGGGGCGACAUCCAGCUGAGCCAAGUGCAGACAUAGGCGGGAUCCCUGCCCAGGGGACGAGGGCUGGGGCAUGUUGCUGUCCGGAUCUGCUUAUCACCUCCACCUUCCCUGUCCCUGCCCCAGCCCCUCCCAGCCUGCCGAGGAUCUCUGUUGGGGAGACCACGUCCUUGUCUGGCCCUGCUGAGGCUGCAGCCAGCCUGGAGUGGCGAGGGCAGCUGGCUGGGACUGCCUUCCUCGGUCGGGGCAGGACCUGGGGCUCCAGCUGUCCAAGUCCUACCAUCCGAGGAAAGGGGUGGUCCGUGCAGGCUACAGCCCUGUGGUCAGUCCCCUCGGCAGAAAGGGAGGUCCUGGGCCGUCCCAAGCACCCAGCCCAAGCCUACACCCCAUCUGCCCCUCAACGACAUUCCCGCCCCACUCAGCUCCACCUCAGUCCCAGGCCACCAGCUGUGUCCUCCACGGGGGAGGCGGUGUCCUCGGUCCCUCCCCAUUCUCCUACCUUCUGCCUCUCCCGCACCUGCAACCUCGCUCCAGAAAAGCUGCCCUGAGGACACCCUGCUGGUUUCCACCAACUGAUGGGAACUGUCUCAGCAGGGGGCUCUCCCUUUCCCGGUGUCAUUCAGAGAAAGAAAGAAAAAUGCUUGUC